GACGAGACGUUGAUUUUUGCGCCGUUGUUUUUGUCCAAAAACGAACAUAGCGAAAGACAGAAAAUUAGACUGCACCCCUUCCCUCCGUCUAUCAAGAUGGAGAACUUGAUUAAUGAACACCAAAGCCGCAAUGAUCCAGAGAACAAGGCAAAUAACACUGAUUCACCUGAAAUAAAGAUUGAAAUAGACGAGGUGCGCAUUGAGUACACUCAACAGAUGAACACACUGGAAGAAGAGAAUCUAAGUGAUCAGCCAGCAAACCAAGUAGACAGUUCUGAUUUAUCAUUGGAGGAUUCUGAGUCUGAUUCAGAGUCUUUCUCUUGUACACAGUGUGACAAGAGCUUCCGUACCGCCUUACAUUUGAAAAAACACCAGAUUAGGCACACUGAUAAAACCCUACACUAUUGCAUAACUUGUGAGAAGAGCUUCCCUUAUGCAUCGCUGUUAAAGCAGCACCUAACAAUGCAUGAUGCUGACAGAACAUACUGUUGCACGAAAUGCGGAAAGAGCUUCCGAUCUGCACCGUGCCUAAGGAAGCACCUGACAACGCACGGUGAGAAGAAUCACGGUUGCACCGAGUGCGAUAGGAAAUUCUGUUCAGCAUCUCGCUUAAAAAGGCACAUGACAACACAUAGCGGGGAAAGACCACAUGUUUGCACCGCCUGUGGGAAGAGUUUUACCCGACCAGAGAGCUUAAAGAAUCAUCAGCUAAAUCACCAAGGGGAGAAGCUGCACACCUGCCACGACUGUGGAAAGAGCUACAGUGUGCUGAAGUUCCUUAAAGAACAUAUGAAAGUCCACGAGGGUCCCCACAUCUGCUCUCAGUGUGGGAAGAGCUACACACUCCUCUACAACUUGAAAAUGCAUAUGUCAGCAGCGCAUGGAGAGGAAAAAGCAUUGCCUUGCUCUGAAUGUGGGAAAAGUUUUGUUUCAGAGUACCGUCUGCGAAAGCAUCAGAAGCAAGUGCACAGAACAGCCUUUCCCUGCCCUGAAUGUGGGCGAAGCUUCUCCACACUGUCCAUAUUGCAAGAGCAUCAGUCAAACCAUACGGGUAUCAAACCACAUUCUUGUGAGGAGUGUGGGAAGAGCUUUGGCCUUCUGGAUGGUCUUCAGAGGCACCAGUACACACACAGGCCCAAACCAGAAAAAUCCUGCCUCUGUGAGGAGUGUGGAAAAAGCUUUCUUAACCUCACCCAACUGGCCAGACAUAAACAAGUUCAUUCCAAUGUUAAGUCCCACACUUGUGAGGAGUGUGGUAAAAAAUUCAAACAGAUCGGAGGUUUGAGAAUACACCGCCGCACUCACACAGGGGAGACACCGUUCUCUUGCAAAGAGUGCAGUAAAACAUUUACACAGGCCAGCUCCUUGAAGGUUCAUAUGUUAACCCACACAGGAGAGAGGUCAUUCUCUUGUAAGGAGUGUGGCAAGACAUUCAACAUCGCAAAGACAUUACGGCUUCAUAUGCGCAUUCACACAGGAGAGAAACCACAUAAAUGCCCUGAUUGUGGGAAGGGAUACCAUCACGCUCAAGGACUCAGAAUGCACCUGCUAUUUCACAAGGGGGAACGACGGCACACAUGUACUUACUGUGACAAGAGUUUCUUUCUGCCAGGACAUUUAAGAGCACACAUCCGACUACACACUGGAGAGAAACCUUACCUCUGCUCUAAUUGUGGGAAGAGUUUCAAUCGUGCUUGGAAUUUAAAGCAACACAAGAAAAUAUGUCAGUGAUUCAUUUCACCACAAGCUGAACUUUCCACAGCAUGUUAUUGUGGGGCUCCUUUUUUGUAAUAUUCUGCCUAUGAUACAUUGUGCUCUAUGCCAAACUAGUCUAAUAAUACAUUAAAUAAAGGUGGUGACUUAUUUUGCAUUGAA